CGUUUUGUGCUCGAUGCCUAAAUUUGCCUCUACCGAGCCGGAUAGGGAUAGCCACCCUCCUGGAGAUGCUCCAAGACAAGCAAAUACUAUACUUACUGUUACUACCAUGCCUCUCCCCAUAAAUCCCAGCUGCACUGUCCCAGCUGCUCCUCCCGCGCUGCACUGUCGAUCGCCAUGCGCGCGGCCGGUACCCCUUGGCGUUUCUAGAUGGGCUCCUCCUCCCUCCUCUUCCCCUCGUCGUCCUCCGCCGCCAACGCCUCUCCCUCAUAUUCUCAUUCUCAUGCCAUCACCUCCUCCUCCUCCCAUUCCUUAUUGCCACCGGUCCCCUCCCAAGACCACCUCCUCCUCCACUACCUGCAACAGCUAGACCACCACCAAGAACCCGCCGCCGCCAUGGUCCGCAAGCGCCCCGCCCCCGACAUGGACCUCCCGCCGCCGCGCCGCCACGUCACGGGCGACCUCUCCGACGUCACCGCCGCUGCCGCUGGGGUGCCGCCGUCGUCCGCCAGCGCGCAGCUCCCGGCGCUGCCCACCCAGCUCCCCGCGUUCCAGCAGCACGCGGAGAUGGACGUCACCGCGCCCCCCGCGCAGGCGGGCGAGGUGGCGGCGUCGACGACGGCGUGGGUAGACGGCAUCAUUCGGGACAUCAUUGGGAGCAGCGGCGCAGCGGUGUCCAUCACGCAGCUUAUCCACAACGUCCGCGAGAUUAUCCACCCCUGCAAUCCCGGCCUCGCCUCCCUCCUCGAGCUCCGCCUCCGCUCUCUCCUCACCGCCGACCCCGCUCCACCACCUCCGCCUGCUCUCCUCCACAACACCGCGCCCGCCGCCCCAACUGUCGCGGCGCUCCCUCCCCCUCCCCCGCUUCCAGACAAGCGCCGCCACGAACCGCCGUGUCAAGAGGAGCCGAACCCGCCGCCGCAGUCGCCGAAGGUCCCCACCGCGGAGGAGACUGCCGCGGCAGCCGCGGCCGCGGCUGCUGCGGCCGCGAAGGAGAGGAAAGAAGAGCAGCGGCGGAAGCAGCGUGACGAGGAGGGUCUACACCUGCUGACGCUGCUGCUGCAGUGCGCCGAGUCGGUGAACGCGGACAACCUCGACGACGCGCACCAGACGCUGCUGGAGAUCGCGGAGCUCGCCACGCCGUUUGGCACCUCCACGCAGCGCGUCGCCGCCUACUUCGCCGAGGCCAUGUCCGCGCGCCUCCUCAGCUCCUGCCUCGGCCUGUACGCGCCGCUGCCUCCCGCGUCCCCCGCCGCGGUGCGCGUCCACGGCCGCGUCGCCGCGGCGUUCCAGGUGUUCAACGGGAUCAGCCCCUUCGUCAAGUUCUCGCACUUCACGGCGAACCAGGCCAUCCAGGAGGCGUUCGAGCGGGAGGAGCGCGUCCACAUCAUCGACCUCGACAUCAUGCAGGGGCUGCAGUGGCCGGGCCUCUUCCACAUCCUCGCCUCGCGCCCUGGUGGCCCACCCAGGGUCAAGCUCACCGGGCUGGGCACGUCUAUGGAGGCGCUCGAGGCCACGGGGAAGCGGCUCUCCGACUUCGCCGACACGCUGGGGCUGCCGUUUGAGUUCUGCGCCGUGGCGGAGAAGGCCGGGAAUGUCGACCCGGAGAAGCUGGCCGUGACGCGGCGCGAGGCCGUCGCCGUCCACUGGCUGCACCACUCGCUCUACGACGUCACCGGCUCCGACUCCAACACGCUGUGGCUCAUCCAAAGGUUGGCACCUAAGGUGGUGACAAUGGUGGAGCAGGACCUCAGCCACUCAGGCUCCUUCCUGGCGCGUUUCGUCGACGCCAUCCACUACUACUCUGCGCUGUUCGACUCGCUGGAUGCGAGCUACGGCGAGGACAGCGCGGAGCGGCAUGUCGUGGAGCAGCAGCUGCUGUCGAGGGAGAUCAGCAAUGUGCUGGCCGUGGGCGGGCCGGCACGCACCGGCGACGUCAAGUUUGGGAGCUGGCGCGAGAAGCUUGCGCAGUCGGGGUUCCGUGCGGCGUCGCUCGCUGGCAGUGCGGCGGCGCAGGCCUCGCUGCUGCUCGGCAUGUUCCCCUCCGACGGGUACACACUGGUUGAGGAGAACGGUGCUCUGAAGCUCGGAUGGAAGGAUCUCUGCCUGCUCACUGCAUCUGCUUGGCGCCCAAUUCAGACCUCAGGCCGUUGAAGUUGAGAGCAAAAUUGCAGAGCCAAAGCAUCAGUAGAUCUUACUUAGAGGUUCUUGCCUAGUUCUUUUGCCUCUUUAGCUGCUCUAUUUGGUCGAUCCUGAGAUAUGAAAAAGGAAAACAUUCUGAUCACUAAUUGCUAGAAUUCUCCACAGUGAUAGUUGCUAAUGUCGGCUUAGUUUCAUGGUAGCUUUGUUCAGUUGUUGAUUGCCUUCAGUAAUCUUGCCAAUAAGUUCAUUUUUCAUGCUGUCGUGUUUCCCAAUCCUUAUUGCUUCCGCGGCUGCAAUUCUGCUCAUUACAGAGCCCUCGAUCACACGGUACUACCUGAAGAUACAGGUACAUACAUAAUAGGAAAGUGUUCCUAUUAUUCUCCAGAAAAUAUCAGGGGAUGGAUAUGCAGUUCAGCACCAAGCUUUCCAAACUGGGUUAUCAGCCAAUCUUGCAGGAAAACAUCCUCUUCAACUCCCACCUCAUGUCAUAUGCAGUACCUGGGUUAUCCUCAUGCUCCUUACUCAUUAUGGAGUGGAUAUGAGGUUGAGAGAGAAGGGUAGCAGCUUGUUGCCUCUGCCAUUUGCUUUGCAUGAUGAGGGAUGGGUCUCUCCUACUACUCCCACAACACUUUUUUCUGCUCUGCACUCCAUAUCUUUUCUUGUCGCAGGGCCCGGUAUUAGUCCCAGGAGCAAUGAGCAGUCCUUCUCUCACAGCAGGGCAGAAGCAGGAGCAGAAGCCGUGCCCAGUUGUCUCUUGUUCUCUUGUAGGAGGUACUGCUAGUGGUGUAGUGCCUACUGGACCUGUUGCUGCUCAUCAGCUCAGUCUUGGACUUGCAAAAAAGCUGGAUUGGUUUUUGGGGAAUGACGAUG